AUUCCAUCGCAAUCUUCAAAACAUAUACCGAUGUCGAUCAGAGAGUAGUUUCCGUAUCUCUAUACCAAAGAUGACGUGCAGGAGACCGAGUGACAACGGAGCCACGACCGCAAACAACCCCGCCUUUCCAGUCCAAAGAGGCAAGACGAUCCGCUACAUGCCACUUCUCGCACACCAAGUCCGACGACAGUAGUAGAUAUAUCAUAAGCUGCGUUCGCAAAAUGUAGGUCUAAUUCAUCAUUCAAUAACCACACUAUCACAUAGACACAGUUCUUGAUCAAAUCUCCAUAAUGAUGCAAGUCAAAACCUACCACCUCCCACCUACACCUCUCAUCCCCAACAACCCCUACCCACUCCUCCACUACCCAGGCCUCCUCACCCAAAAACACCCUCAAAACUCCUCCACCUACGACCCCAGCACAGUCUACCAACUCUUCCACUCCAACAACUGGCUCGUACAAUGGAUCUUCCGCUACGGCCCCACGCAACAAUCCCACUACCAUUCCGCCGCCCACGAAUGCAUGGCCGUCCUCUCCGGAACAGCCACAAUUCGUUUCGGCGUAGCCGACACUUCCUCUGACCUUGAAGCCAACACUCACGGUGAAGCCUGGGAGUUAGGCGGAAUCGAAAUCCAAGCUAAAGCUGGAGAUGUUUUUGUUUUACCAGCGGGGUUGGCGCAUAAGACGUAUGAUACGAAGCCAGAGGCGGAAUUUGAUUUGUUGACGCCGGGGAGGGAUGAGAAUUGGAUUGGGAAGGUGGAUGAUCCGAGUGAGGUGUUGAAGGGGAUUAAGUUGGAGGGGUUCACGAUGUUGGGGGCGUAUCCGGUUGGGAGUGCUUGGGAUUUUGCGGUGGGGCAGGAGGAUGAUGGGAAGCAUUUUAGGGAUGUGUGGAAAGUGCCUAAGCCGGAGAGGGAUCCAGUGUUGGGAACGAGUGGAGAGGGGUUGGUUGGGUUGUGGAAAGAGGAGAGGAAGGCUGCGAAGUUGUGAUCGAAGAUCGAAAUCGUUUUGAGCAAUGCCAUGAUGGGAAGACGCAACGAGAUCCACGAAGUAAAUGAUGUGAAGAGGACUGGAACUUAGUGCUUCAAACAACCACCCAUUUGUACAGUAUUAUUUGUUGUAUGCACACA